AUGUUUCUUCCACCCUUCAUCUCUUAUUUAUUACUACUGUGUCGCUUGAGAGCUUUAGAUCACAUUGUAUCCAACGCAGGCAUUCAGCCUUUUGUGACAAUUCACCACUGGGACAUACCCCAAGUGCUUAGUGACGAAUAUGGGGGCUGGCUAAAUCCUCUGAUUCAGGAUGACUUCGUCCAUUUUGCUGAAACUUGUUUCAAGAAUUUUGGUGAUCGGGUGAGGUAUUGGGUGACCAUCAAUGAACCAAAUUUGGCUGCAGAUUUUGCCUAUGAAAGGGGAAAACAUCCUCCAGGUCAUUGCUCCCCUCCUUUUGGCAACUGUUCAGCUGGUAAUUCAGAUACUGAGCCCCUGAUUGCAAUGCAUAACAUGUUACUUGCCCAUGCCAAGGCUUCCAAACUCUACCGCGAGCAGUUUCAGCCCAAACAAGGUGGUGUAAUUGGAAUUGUGGUCCAUGCAAUUAUGUACGAACCAUUUACUGAUGACGAGCAUGACAAGGAAGCUGUAAAGAGGGCAUUGGCUAAUAAUGUGGCAUGGGCUUUCGAUCCUCUAGUGUUUGGUGAUUAUCCUCCAGAAAUGCGUCGCUAUCACAGAAAUGAGUUACCCAAAUUUACACCAGAAGAAAGGCUGCUCAUAAGGGAUAGCAUUGACUUCCUUGGACUGAACCACUAUGCAACUCUUUAUGCUAAGGACUGCAUACGCUCAAGUUGUGCCAGCUCCGACUCUGCCUGUGCCCCUGGUGGAGACCGUGCCAUCUGCGGCUUUGUCUGUACUAUUGCAGAGCGUGGUGGUGUUUUGAUUGGGGAACCGACAGGGUUGCCAACAUUCUCUGUUGUUCCAAGAGGAAUGGAAGAGAUUGUGGACUAUGUAAAGAAUCGAUACCAUAACAAGCCUAUGUUUAUUACUGAAAAUGGUUAUUCUACACCUCCACAACAAGAACAAGUUGAUGACUUCCAACUUGAUGUCAAGCGAAUUGCAUUCCACAAAGCAUACCUUGCCUUCUUGGCUCGAGCCAUGAGAAAUGGUGCAGAUGUGAGGGGCUACUUUGUCUGGACAUUGAUGGAUGACUUUGAAUGGUCAUCGGGUUAUGAUGUAAAGUUUGGAUUUUAUUCUGUUGAUCGUGCAACCUUGAAUCGAACUCCUAGGUCCUCCGCCAAGUGGUACAGAAACUUCCUGAGGAACAUCAGCUCCGAUAGCAUGAAGCCAAGAACUGCAGUUGCAUUUUGGAGCAAAGUUGGUGAGGAGCCCUACAAGCACUUGCAAGAGUUUGACGUCGUUUGCAACAGUAUGAAGCCUCCGGGAAUUACUGAAGAGCAAAUAAAGAUGAGGGCCUUCCCCUUCUCUUUGAAGGACUCCGCGAAAGACUGGCUCUACUACCUACCGCCUGGUAGUAUCACCACGUGGGACCAAUUGAAGAAAAAAUUCUUGAAAAAGUACUUUCCGGCAUCUCGAGCUGCAAGCCUAAGGAAGGAGAUAUGUGGCAUCAAACAACACCCAAGCGAGUCUCUCUAUGAGUACUGGGAGAGGUUUAAGAAACUGUGCACCAAAUGCCCUCAACAUCAGAUAAGUGAGCAACUACUCAUCCAAUAUUUCUAUGAGGGAUUACUUUUCAGGGACAGAAGUAUAAUCGAUGCUGCAAGUGGAGGAGCGUUGGUGAACAAAACUCCUCGAGGAGCCUGGGAGUUGAUUGAAGGGAUGGCUGAGAACUCACAGCAGUUUGGUUCAAGAGAGGACAUCCCGACGCGUAGGGUGAAUGAGGUAGAAACAUCCUCUAUUCAACAGCAACUCUCCGAAUUGACAUCUUUUGUGCGACAACUAGCUGUGGGGAAUACAUCGCAAGCCAAAGUGUGCGGGACAGCAAGGACACCAACAGCAGUACCAUCAUCGCCCACCACCACUUUCAAACUCAAGUCCGUCCAUGGAAGAGAUGAUGAAGCAAUUACUUGCUAA